CGGCUGGCCUACGACGGCGCGCCCGGGAUCCUCUGUACCGUAUCCAUCACCGCAUCAGCGCGCGCGGCGUCCGCGCGCCCCCGCCAGGGGCUGAUCCACCACUAGGACGAGCUAGGGCGGCCGCCCGAGGUCCCCGGCGGCGGAACCCAGCCCCCAUGGAUUUCCAGUGAGCCGGUGAGGUCUGAGGAAGAAGAAGACCGUCCGAGGGCUGAGGCCGCAUCUGCCGUCCGAGGCCUGCAUCUGCAAAUCCCACGGGCCGCCUGGAUCCGCACUCCGCAAUACGGCAAAUUGAAAAGCCCAGUAGCUCCAAUCGGCCCGGUGUCUGGGUCUCGCCUCUGGCCUCUCGGUCUCUCAAUUCGCCGGACGCCGCGUCGCCGCCCAAUCCCCUCCACCUCCGGGCUCCAGCCCUCCACGCUUCUCCCCCGCCGACGCCGCCCUCUCCCUUCAGCGACACGCUUUCCUCUGCUCUCUCCGGAUCCGCCUUCCACCGCUUCGACGCUUCCUCACAAUGGCCUUCCGGGGGCGCGGAAGAGGGGGCCGGGGGAGGGGAGGCGGAUUCGGGUUCGGGUUCGAGCACCCAGCCAAGCACGCGCCCCACGAGGACUUCCCGGACAUCACCCUGCCGGAGAUGACGUGCACCAAGGCGAGCAACGAGGAGAAGGCACUGUUGCAGUCCACCUUGAAAUUCGAGGAGUUCUGGAGGCACUCUUGUUACCACCUCGAGGAGGAUGCUCCCAAGAAAAAGAAUGAAGAUAAAGAGAUUGAGAGAUUUUCUGAUAGGAAACGUAAGACACAAUUGAAGCGUGAAGCUCUCGCAUCAUAUCUCAAACUUACCCCGGCAAAUUUCCCUGCAGAACUGUUACAAGGUUCUAGACGAGGGCAACAAAGCAACAAGAAACUUCGGUGGGAUAGAGACUCAGAUGAGAAGGCACUUGAAGUCUUUGAGAAGCUGGAACAGACCCACAAGGACGGUGACAAGAAAGCAGAAAAGGAAGGUGAUGAUGAGGAUGAACAGGAAGAGGAAGAAGCAGAAGAGGACGAAAAUUCAGAUGAUGAUUAUAAUCAGAAUAUUGAGUUUGAUGACGAUGAUGAUGACUGGAACCAAGAGGAAGAAACACAUGAAGACUGCUAUGAUUAAAUAUGGCUGGCCAGAUUUUGCUUUCUUUUCAUUUGAAACUCAUCCAGCAAUUUUGUUGGGAGUAGUACCUAGUUAGGUUAUUGGAGAUCAAUAUUUGUUCUGGUCUUUCUUGUGAAAAUGUCACAUGCUUUUAUCAGAAACUCGUGCCUAUCAGAAUAGUGAAACACACUGUUGCUAGCUUUUCUAUUGCACUCUGCAAACGGUGAUUAAUAUGCAAUGGAGUGUAGUAUCA